UUAUAAAUUGUCGAAAUUAAAAUUUCAUUUAUUUUUUAAAUUUCAAUAUUUAUUUUUAAUUUCAGUAUUUUUUUCUUAUAAUAUUUUCAUCAACAUUCAGCACUUAAUUUGUCAUUAGAUUAUUUAAAUAUUUGUGUAUUGUUCCAUUUUAUCAUUAUAUUUAUAUGUUUAGCAAAUAGUUAACGCUUGAUUAAUGCUUUUGCUGAUUUUGUGAAUUUGUUGGGAUUUUUAUCGAGGAUGUUUCAGGAAUAAUGUUUAAUGCAUUUCUAUUGACAAUGUCGUGGUUCCAUAAAUUCAUGUGUUUUAUAUGCUUUGUAAAUGUUUUUUUAUAUCUUAUAUAAAUGUGAGUUAUAAGGUCUGAAGUUAAAAUGGAAUUGUUUGGAUUUUAAGUUCCUUUAUCAGCCAUUAAAGUCAAUCAAUCCCUUCUCACUCAGAUCCGAAAUAUAUUUUAAUUACCUAACAAAAACUGGUUUUUAAGCUUUUUUGGAUGUGCGUUAUUUUGCAAUUUUCUUAUAUUGAAGCUAUAACUUUCAAUUAGGAACUGAAUUAAUCCCUAAAUACAUCGUGAGGUCGGUUUCUAGGGCUACUCUUAGGUCCCUUAUCAAAUCAUAAUCAAUUUUACAUUGAAACUCGGUUCUAGCGUAAGUUAUCCCUAAAAUACGACACCAGAAGCUAGACUCAAAAUUUAUCCAAGUGAGAAAUCACUCAAAACACCCAGACUAGCUUCAAUUGACCCUAAAACAGAAAACCCAAAAGAAGACACCCCCAAAAAAAACCCAAAAAUCCAGUCCACAAAAAUAAACUUAACCCUGAGAUCCUUAAACAUUCUUCCUACUUCCCCCAAAAUUCCCAAAUCCCAUCAUUUUCAUCAUGUCCUCAUCAAACCCUCCAUCAUUCGAUGUCUCUGUCUCCUCCUUCUUUCGCUUCUUUUUCUCUCGUUUAAGUUCCUUUGCCUUCUCUUCCAUCUCCUGCACCUCCUUAAUCUUCUGAUCUAAAUCAUAUUCCUUGACUUUAUCAUCAGCUUUCCUCUUAUUCUUAUUAAAUCUUUCUUUAACCUGCUCGAGACUCGAUCGUUCAACCUUCAUUGACAUUCCCAAGUUCCUUUGAUGCUUCUUGCCAUUUAUAUGAUCCAGAAAGUUAAUCGAGUCCUUCACAACACAAUCACAUACGUUACAAAAAUAUCCACCAGAUUGACUGCUUGGUGUUGUCUUGUUGAUGACCAUUGACUUGCCCAAUUUGCUAUCUAGAUCGACUUUAUAGUCGCGGACUUUGAGGAGCUCCCGAGGUGUUUCUGGCUCAGUUUCAUCCUUUUUGAUUUUUUGAAUUCGGUCGAGAGCUUUUCGCUCGAAUUCCUUUUUGUCCCAUUUGCGUCGGUGGUCGUCGGGUCUUGUUGACAUUUUUAAGGUUUUUAGAUGCUGCUGAUUUGUUGGAGUUGCUUAGGUUUGUGAUUUGUGGAUUUAAAUUGUUUUUUGUUUUUAUAAAGAUUUUUUUUUUUUUUGAGAAUGUUUACAAAAAUUUAUUGUGCGGCUGAGGGGCUGGUGGAUAGGAAAAGUUUGUCGACUGUCGAUUGCUAGAUUCUCAUAUGUUUUUUUGGGAAUUAAAUUAGAUUUAUUUUGAAAUAAAAAAUAGUUUUUGGAUUAAAGUUUGUUGAUUUGAAGGGAGUUAAGUGGAUAAAUUGGAUAAUAAGCUAGGCAAAGUUGAGAAAUUGUCAAAAAUUGUAGAAAUUGAGAAUUUAAAAAUUAAUAAAUUUGUCAAUUGUCGGCAGAUUUUUGUUUACUAAAAGAAUGUGAAAAAAUGACAAAUGUUGAACAAUUUUGAGAUUAGAGAAGAUUUGAAGAUUUCCCAGAUUAGAGACCAAAAACACAUCACAUAGACACAAAUAUCAUCAAAUCCAAAAUCCUUAAAAAUUUGACAUCAGUUCCAUCACAACGAAAGUCACCUUCCAGUCAUCGACAUUUUAUCAGGAAAAUUACAAAAACUUCAGAUUUCAAAAAAAUCAAUAUUUACAAAACAAAUUUAAAAUAAAUUCAUCGAAUUGAGAAUCAGAUUGUAAGUUGUCAGGUACUUAAAGUCAUCCAGGUAUCUAAGCUAAGUUGUAUAAAUUCAAAUCAUUUGCAAAUUGAAUAAGUAUUCAUAACUCUGAAGUUGUCCAGUUAAUCAAACAAUCUGAAAUACUUAAUUCUGAUAAGAAUCACUUAAACAGCUCAAACUUAAGAACCAAGCUAGUAAAUAAGCAUCAAAAAUCAUGAGUGCAAUUGGAGGAUUUGAACGAGAAGUUGAUAUUGAGGAAAGAAGACGGAAGAGACAAGAAGAAUGGGAAAAAGUCAGAACAGAAGAUCAGCCAGAAGAAGCACCAGAAGAGCCAUACGAUGGCAGAUCCUUAUUUGAUCGUCUCAAAGAACAAAAAGACAAAAAAGAUGCUGACUUUGAGGAAUCAAAGAAGUUUAAGAAUAUGAUUAGAGGACUAGAUGAUGAUGACAUUGAUCAUUUGGACUUAGUCGAUAAGAAAAGAUUGGAAGAAGAGAAGCUACAAAGACAAGAAGAGAUGAAGGAGUUGAGGGAGUAUAGAGAGAAAGUUGCAGCAAUGGCUGAGGAGAAUGAAGACAAGAAGCUGCAGCUGAUCGCUGGCAAGUCCCAAAAAUCCACCGACAAACCAAAAGAACCACUCUCAAAACCAAUUCUAUCACAAAAGUCAAUUCUGUCAGCAGCAAUAAAACGAAAGCCACAGUCAAGUCCACAAGAAUCAGAACCACAACCCAAAAAGCCAGCAACUGUCAAAAAUCCAUCAGCAUUAAAAUGCUUUGCAGUCCUUCCAGGUCUCGGUAAUUACGACUCAAGUGAUGAUUCUGAUGACUCGAGUGACUUUAGUGAGGAAAUUACCGAGUCCAGGACAAUGGACAUUACCGGAAGGAAGCUCAAGAAGAAAAAGGAUGACGACAACACCAAACCAGCAACCAAUCCACACCCAACCAUGGCUCACAUGCAAAACAUCGAAGUUCUUGUCCGUGAAUUCCUAGCCUACCGUGGCUUCCUCACAUCCUUAAAAUCCUUCGAAUCUGAAUGCAAAAAUGACAGAAAUAAAAGUUUUCGAGUCGAUAGAAUCAUCGAAUCCAUCCAGCUUGCUAUAAACUCAAGUGACUUGCAGGAGCUUCGUGAUAUUUGGAGGAACUUGGAUACAUUUUUCUUCAGCAAGUUGGAGCAGAACUUUUCAGAAGCUGUGAAGAAGCUUGAAAGUGGAUUAUUUAAGGUUUAUCUUGUUGUUGCCCAAAACAGUGGACGAAGUGAGAAAAUUGCUGACUUUUUUGUGAAAAUGGCAUCAGAAAUUCAUUCAAAUGCGGACUGGCGUGAUUGGUUUUACUUCCAGUUUUGUAAAAGUCCAGAAGAACAUCCUUCGUUUGCUGUCUACUUCACUAAGAACUACCACGAUACUUUAUUCCUGUCGCUACACAAUUUUUUGGCUACAAUUUUCCAAUCAAUGCCACUGCCAACUUUAAUGAGAAUUGAGUCCGAAACUGUUCAGAUUAAAAAGUUACAAGAAGAAAAUGCAAAAUUGAGGAACAGGCUUCAAGUGUCUCAGCAACAGCAGCAAGCAAUGGCUAGUGGAACUAAUCAACAUCAGUCGAGACAACAAAUGUUUAUGGAUAAAAAGACGAGAGCUGGAAAUGUCCAGAAUACUAACGAAAUCAUUCCAUUUGAUAUUCAGCCACCAGUUCAUCUUGUUGAUGACUUUUUCAUCAUUGCCCAGGAAUCUUUAUCAAUAAGUGAGAACCAGUCGAGAGGCUUUAAAUCAAUUAUCAGAAACAUCUCAUCUGGAUCAUCACCAGUAAUGGGUAGAAAAGACAGUUCACAAGACUUUGGAAAAGGAAAACGAUCAGGAAGUGUCGGAAAUCGACCUUAGAAAUUUAUUGAAAUUUUUUGUGUUGGCUGAGGUCUCUGUGGA